GCACGGGGGCCGGGCCACUCGGAGCAGCUCCGCCGCGGGGACUGCACCGCCCGCCCUGCCGGACCCGCCCCGACCGGGGCUCGCCGCCCGCAGCAGCCGCAGCACCGCGACCUCGGGCCCUGCGCUGGCUAUGGCUGUGCCCUGGGGCUGAGCGCGCAGGCUGUGUGACCGAGAUUCCCAAGAGAGAGACACUCCGAGAAGAGGAGAGGAAGGAGGGGCGGGCUUCUGGCAAGGCAUCCGCUCCUGAACCAAGUCCUGCCAAGAUGGAGAAGGAGGAAGAGACGACCCGGGAGCUGCUGCUGCCCAACUGGCAGGGCAGCGGCUCCCACGGGCUGACCAUCACCCAGAGGGACGAUGGUGUCUUUGUGCAGGAGGUGAUGCAGAACUCCCCUGCGGCCCGCACUGGGGUGGUCAAGGAGGGGGACCAGAUCGUGGGUGCUACCAUCUACUUUGACAACCUGCAGUCCGGAGAGGUGGCCCAGCUGCUGAGCACCAUGGGGCACCACGCCGUGGGCCUGAAGCUGCAUCGCAAGGGGGACCGUUCCCCUGAGCCCGGCCAGACCCGGACCUACGAUGUCUUCAGCUCCCACAGCCCUGACGUGGUUCUGAGCGGGGAUGACGAGGAGUACCAGCGCAUCUACACCACGAAGAUCAAGCCUCGGCUGAAGCCGGAGGAUGGAGUGGAAGGGGAGCCUGGGGAGACCCAGAGCCGCACCAUCACGGUGACUAGGAGGGUCACAGCCUACACUGUGGACGUGACAAGCCGCGAAGGAGCCAAGGACAUCGACAUCAGCAGCCCUGAGUUCAAGAUCAAGAUUCCACGGCACGAACUGACUGAAAUCUCCACCGUGGAUGUGGACACCCAGCCUGGGAAGACAGUGAUCAGACUGCCCUCGGGCUCGGGGGCACUGUCCCCCACCACAGGCUCCACUGUGGACAUCCAAGCAGGGUCCAUUUCCACUUCAGGACCAGAGCUCCAAGGUGCUGGCCACUCGAAGGUCCAGGUCACCGGGCCUGGGAUAAAGGUGGGAAGCCCGGGUGUCAGUGUCAGUGCAAAGGGCUUGGACUUAGGUAGCAAAGGAGGGGUCCAAGUCCCAGGGGUGGACGUUCUGUCUUCUCUUGGGGGUGGGGCAGCAGAGUGGCAGGGCCCAGCUCUUGAGAGUGGCAACGAUGGGAAAAUUAAAUUUCCCUCCAUGAAGCUCCCAAAAUUUGGUGUCUCAACAGGGCUUGAGGGUCAGGCCCCAGAGGCAGGGUUGAGUGUUUCUGCCCCUGAAUUCUCUGUGGGGCACAAGGGUGGCAAGCCAGGCUUGACCAUUGGCGGGAACAUCCAGACCCCUCAGCUAGAAGUCAGUGGUCCCUCUGCCAGUAUUAAGGGGCUUGAGGGGAAGCUGAAGGGCCCCCAGAUCACUGGGCCAUCCCUUGAGGGUGACCUGGGCCUGAAAGGUACCAAGCCACAGGGGAGUUCAAGGGUGGACAUCUCUGUGCCCAAAAUCGAGGGCAGCAUCGCUGGCUCCAGGGUGGAAGUUCAAACUCCUAACAUUGAUAUUCACGGGCCAGGGGGCAAACUGAAUAUGCCCAAGGUGAAGGCCCCCAAAUUCUCCGUAUCAGGUUCUAAGGGAGAGGGAGCUGGCAUUGAUGUGACACUUCCUGGGGUCUCUGGGGAUGUUGGCCUACCUGAGGUUGCUUCUGGGGGACUGGAAGGGAAGGUGAAAGGUCCUAAAAUCAAGACUCCUGAAGUGACUGUUCAGACACCUAAAAUCUCCAUGCAGGAUGUGGAUCUGAGCCUCAGGUCCCCUAAACUGAAAGGAGACAUUAAGGUUUCUGCUCCUGGGCUUCAAGGUGAUGUUAAAGGCCCUCAAGUGGCAGUUAAAGGUGCCAAAGUGGACAUAGAGACACCCAGCCUAGAGGGGACCGUGACUGGCCCCAAGUUUAGUGGUCCUUCUGGGAAAGAAGGAACCUGCAAGAUCUCUAUGGCAGACGUAGACUUAAAUGUUGCCGCACCAAAGGUGAAAGGGGGUGUGGAUGUCACGCUUCCAAAAGUAGAGGGGAAAGUCAGUGUCCCUGAAGUUGAUGUCAGAGGCCCCAAAGUGGAUGUCAGUGCCCCAGAUGUGGACAUUCAUGGUCCGGACUGGAACCUGAAAAUGCCCAAGAUGAAAAUGCCCAAGUUCAGCACUCCAGGAGUUAAAGGGGAAGGGCCAGAUGUAGAUGUGAAUCUCCCCAAAGGUGAUGUCAGUAUUUCAGGGCCCAAGGUCAGUGUGGAAGCCCCAAAGGUCAACAUAGGGGGCCUGGUGGGCAACCUUAAAGGUCCUGAUGUUCAGCUGCCUGAAGUGAGUGUCAAGACACCAAAGAUCACCAUGCCUGAUGUGGAUUUGCAUGUGAAAGGCCCAAAGGUAAAAGGACAGUAUGAUGUAACAGCAACAAAACUUGAAGGAGAGAUGAGAGGCCCCAAAGUGGACAUUGAUGCCCCUAAUGUGGACGUUCAUGGCCCAGACUGGCACCUGAAGAUGCCCAAGAUGAAAAUGCCCAAGUUCAGCAUGCCCGGCCUCAAAGCAGAGGGCCCCGAAGUGGAUGUAAAGCUGCCUGAGCCCGAUGUGGACAUUUCUGGGCCCAAGGUAGAUGUCUGUGCUCCAGAUGUGAGUAUUGAGGGACCAGAGGGGAAAUUGAAAGGACCCAAGUUUAAGAUGCCUGAGAUGAAUAUCAAAGCCCCGAAGAUCUCCAUACCAGACGUGGACUUACAUUUGAAAGGCCCUAGUGUAAAAGGAGAAUAUGAUGUCACAGUGCCGAAGGUGGAAGGUGAGAUUAAAGUUCCUGAUGUUGAACUUAAAAGUGCCAAAGUGGACAUUGAUGCUCCAGAUGUGGACAUUCAAGGCCCAGACUGGCACCUGAAGAUGCCCAAAAUGAAAAUGCCCAAGUUCAGCAUGCCCGGCCGCAAAGCAGAGGUCCCAGAAGUGGAUGUGAACCUGCCCAAGACUGACAUUGACAUCGCCGGACCCAAGGUGGAUGUUGAACUUCCAGAUGUGAAUAUUGAAGGACCUGAAGGAAAGCUGAAGGGUCCCAAGUUUAAGAUGCCUGACGUGAAUAUCAAGGCCCCCAAGAUCUCCAUGCCUGAUGUAGAUUUGCAUAUGAAAGGUCCCAAGGUAAAAGGGGAAUAUGACGUUACAGUGCCAAAACUGGAAGGGGACCUGAAGGGGCCAAAGGUAGACGUCAGUGCCCCAGAUGUUGGAGUUCACAGUCCUGAUUGGAACCUAAAGAUGCCAAAGAUGAAAAUGCCCAGAUUCACCAGGCCCAGCCUUAAAGGAGAGGGCCCAGAAUUGGAUGUGAACCUGCCCAAGGCUGAUGUUGACAUUUCUGCACACAAGGUAGAUAUUAGUGCUCCAGAUCUGAGCCUUGAAGGACCAGAAGGGAAGUUGAAAGGCCCUAAGUUUAAGAUGCCUGAGAUGCACUUCAGAGCUCCCAAGAUGACCCUGCCAGAUGUUGACAUGGAUUUUAAAGGACCCAAAAUGAAAGGGAAUCUAGAUAUGUCUGCACCAAAAAUAGAAGGUGAAAUGAAAGUGCCAGAUGUGGACAUCAAAGGCCCCAGAGUGGAUGUUGAUGUCCCAGAUGUGGAUGUUCAAGGCCCUGAUUGGCACCUGAAGAUGCCCAAGAUGAAAAUGCCCAAGUUCAGCAUGCCUGGCUUCAAAGGAGAGGGCCCUGAAGUGGACGUGAAACCACCCAAGGCUGACAUUGAUGUGUCAGGACCCAAGGUGGACAUUGAAGCCCCAGAUGUGAGCCUUGAGGGGCCAGAAGGAAAGCUUAAGGGUCCCAAGUUUAAGAUGCCUGAGAUGCACUUCAAGGGCCCCAAAGUCUCCAUACCUGAUGUGGACUUACACUUGAAAGGCCCUAAAGUCAAAGGGGGUGUGGAUGUGUCUGUGCCCAAGACAGAAGGUGAAAUGAACGUGCCAGAUGUGGACAUCAAAGGCCCCAAAGUGGACGUUGAUGCUCCAGAUGUGGGCGUUCAAGGCCCCGACUGGCACCUGAAGAUGCCCAAGAUGAAAAUGCCCAAGUUCAGCAUGCCUGGCUUCAGAGGAGAGGGCCCUGAAGUGGAUGUGAACCUGCACAAGGCUGACAUUGACGUCUCAGGACCCAAGGUGGACAUUGAAGCCCCAGAUGUGAACCUUGAGGGGCCAGAAGGAAAGCUUAAGGGUCCCAAGUUUAAGAUGCCUGAGAUGCACUUCAAGGGCCCCAAAGUCUCCAUGCCUGAUGUGGACUUACACUUGAAAGGCCCCAGAGUCAAAGGGGAUGUGGAUGUGUCUGUGCCCAAGAUAGAAGGUGAAAUGAAAGUGCCAGAUGUGGACAUCAGAGGGCCCAAAGUGGACGUUGAGGUCCCAGAUGUGGAUGUUCAAGGCCCUGAUUGGCACCUGAAGAUGCCCAAGAUGAAAAUGCCCAAGUUCAGCAUGCCUGGCUUCAAAGGAGAGGGCCCUGAAGUGGAUGUGAACCUGCACAAGGCUGACGUUGAUGUCUCAGGACCCAAGGUGGAUGUUGAAGUUCCAAAUGUGAAUAUUGAAGGUCCAGAUGCAAAACUAAAAGGUCCUAAAUUUAAGUUGCCAGAAAUGAAUAUAAAGCCUCAGAAGAUAUCCAUGCCUGAUGUUAGUCUGCAUCUGAAAGGCCAUAAAAUGAAAGGAGAUUAUGAUGUUACGGUUCCAAAAGUAGAAGGAGAGAUUAAAGCUCCUGACAUUGACACCGAAGGUACAAAAGUAGACAUUAAUGCACCAGAUGUGGGAGUUCAUGGUCCAGACUGGCACCUGAAGAUGCCCAAGAUAAAAAUGCCCAAGAUCAGCAUGCCUGGCUUCAAAGGAGAGGGCCCCGAUGUAGAUGUGAACCUACCCAAGGCUGACAUUGACGUCUCAGGACCCAAGGUGGACAUUGAUGUUCCAGAUGUGAAUAUUGAAGGUCCAGAGGGGAAACUAAAGGGUUCCAAGUUCAAGAUGCCAAGCAUGCAUAUACAAACACACAAAAUCUCUAUGCCUGAUGUUGGACUUAACCUGAAAGCCCCUAAACUGAAAACUGAUGUAGAUGUUUCUCUUCCCAAAGUGGAAGGAGACUUGAAAGGUCCUGGAAUUGACAUAAAAUCCCCUAAAAUGGAUGUGGAUGUUGGUGAUAUAGAUGUUGACUGUCCAGAAGGAAAGCUUAAGGGUCCCAAGUUUAAGAUGCCUGAGAUGCACUUCAAAGCCCCCAAGAUCUCCAUGCCUGAUGUGGACUUAAACUUGAAAGGCCCCAAAGUCAAGGGGGAUGUGGAUGUGUCUGGGCCCAAGAUAGAAGGUGAAAUGAAAGUGCCAGAUGUGGACAUCAGAGGCCCCAAAGUGGACGUUGAGGUCCCAGAUGUGGACGUUCAAGGCCCCGACUGGCACCUGAAGAUGCCCAAGGUGAAAAUGCCCAAGUUCAGCAUGCCUGGCUUCAGAGGAGAGGGCCCCGAUGUAGAUGUGAAUCUACCAAAGGCUGACAUUAAUGUUUCUGGCCCCAAAGUGGACAUUGAUACUCCUGAUUUGGAUAUUGAGGGACCAGAAGGAAAAUUAAAAGGUUCUAAAUUUAAGAUGCCUAAGUUGAAUAUCAAAGCUCCCAAGAUAUCCAUGCCAGAUGUGGACUUGAAUUUGAAGGGACCCAAACUGAAAGGAGAGAUGGAUGCUUCUGUGCCAGAAAUAGAAGGUGAUCUCAAAGGUCCUAGUGUGGAUGUGGAGGUGCCUGACGUUGACCUGGAAGGUCCUGAUGCAAAGUUGAAAGGCCCUAAGUUUAAGAUGCCAGACAUGCACUUCAAAGCCCCCAAGAUUUCCAUGCCUGAUGUAGACUUACACUUGAAAGGCCCCAAAGUCAAAGGGGAUGUGGAAGUGUCUGUGCCAAAAUGGGAGGGAGAUUUGAAAGGUCCCUAUGUGGAUGUGGAGGUUCCUGAUGUUGAUCAAGAAUGUCCUGAUGCAAAGUUGAAAGGACCUAAGUUUAAGAUGCCUGAGAUACACUUCAAGGCCCCCAAGAUCUCCAUGCCAGAUGUGGACUUACACUUGAAAGGCCCCAAAGUCAAAGGGGAUGUGGAUGUGUCUGUGCCCAAGACAGAAGGUGAAAUGAACGUGCCAGGUGUGGACAUCAGAGGCCCCAAAGUGGACGUUGAUGUUCCAGAUGUGGAUGUUCAAGGCCCCGACUGGCACCUGAAGAUGCCCAAGAUGAAAAUGCCUAAAUUCAGCAUGCCUGGCUUCAAAGGCCAAGGCUCAGAUGUGGAUGUAAACCUGCCCAAGGCAGACAUUGAUGUCUCAGGACCCAAGGUGGACAUUGAAACCCCAGAUGUGAGCCUGGAGGGGCCGGAAGGAAAGCUUAAGGGUCCCAAGUUUAAGAUGCCUGAGAUGCACUUCAAGGGCCCCAAGAUCUCCAUGCCUGAUGUGGACUUAAACUUGAAAGGCCCCAAAGUCAAAGGGGAUGUGGAUGUGUCUGUGCCCAAGAUAGAAGGUGAAAUGAAAGUGCCCGAUGUGGACAUCAGAGGGCCCAAAGUGGACGUUGAUGUCCCAGAUGUGGAUGUUCAAGGCCCUGAUUGGCACCUGAAGAUGCCCAAGAUGAAAAUGCCCAAAUUCAGCAUGCCUGGCUUCAGAGGAGAGGGCCCUGAAAUGGAUGUGAACCUGCCCAAAGCUGACAUAGACGUCUCAGGACCCAAGGUGGACAUUGAAACCCCAGAUGUGAGCCUGGAGGGGCCAGAAGGAAAGCUUAAGGGUCCCAAGUUUAAGAUGCCUGAGAUGCACUUCAAGGCCCCCAAGAUCUCCAUGCCUGAUGUGGACUUAAACUUGAAAGGCCCCAAAGUCAAAGGGGAUGUGGAUGUGUCAGUGCCCAAGAUAGAAGGUGAAAUGAAAGUGCCCGAUGUGGACAUUAAAGGCCCCAAAGUGGACGUUGAUCUCCCAGAUGUUGAUGUUCAAGGCCCCGACUGGCACCUGAAGAUGCCCAAGAUGAAAAUGCCCAAAUUCAGCAUGCCUGGCUUCAGAGGAGAGGGCCCUGAAAUGGAUGUGAACCUGCCCAAAGCUGACAUAGACGUCUCAGGACCCAAGGUGGACAUUGAAACCCCAGAUGUGAGCCUGGAGGGGCCAGAAGGAAAGCUUAAGGGUCCCAAGUUUAAGAUGCCUGAGAUGCACUUCAAGGCCCCCAAGAUCUCCAUGCCUGAUGUGGACUUAAACUUGAAAGGCCCCAAAGUCAAAGGGGAUGUGGAUGUGUCAGUGCCCAAGAUAGAAGGUGAAAUGAAAGUGCCCGAUGUGGACAUUAAAGGCCCCAAAGUGGACGUUGAUCUCCCAGAUGUUGAUGUUCAAGGCCCCGACUGGCACCUGAAGAUGCCCAAGAUGAAAAUGCCCAAAUUCAGCAUGCCUGGCUUCAGAGGUGAGGGCCCUGAAAUGGAUGUGAACCUGCCCAAAGCUGACAUAGACGUCUCAGGACCCAAGGUGGACAUUGAAACCCCAGAUGUGAGCCUGGAGGGGCCAGAAGGAAAGCUUAAGGGUCCCAAGUUUAAGAUGCCUGAGAUGCACUUCAAGGCCCCCAAGAUCUCCAUGCCUGAUGUGGACUUACACUUGAAAGGCCCCAAAGUCAAAGGGGAUGUGGAUGUGUCUGUGCCCAAGACAGAAGGUGAAAUGAAUGUGCCAGAUGUGGACAUCAAAGGCCCCAGAGUGGAUGUUGAUGUCCCAGAUGUGGAUGUUCAAGGCCCUGAUUGGCACCUGAAGAUGCCCAAGAUGAAAAUGCCCAAGUUCAGCAUGCCUGGCUUCAAAGGAGAGGGCCCUGAAGUGGAUGUGAACCUGCACAAGGCUGACAUUGAUGUGUCAGGACCCAAGGUGGACAUUGAAGGCCCUGAUGUUAAUAUUGAAGGACCAGAGGGAAAGUUGAAAGGUCCUAAGUUCAAGAUGCCAGAGAUGAACAUCAAAGCCCCCAAGAUCUCCAUGCCUGACUUUGAUUUGCACCUGAAAGGUCCUAAGGUGAAAGGAGAUGUGGAUGUUUCUGUGCCUAAGGUGGAAGGUGACCUGAGGGCCCCUGACGUUGACCUCAAAGGCCCCAAAGUGGACGUUGAUGUCCCAGAUGUGGACAUGCAUGGCCCAGACUGGCACCCGAAGAUGCCCAAGAUGAAAAUGCCCAAGAUCAGCAUGCCUGGCUUCAGAGGAGAGGGCCCAGAAGUGGAUGUGAACCUGCCCAAGGCCAACAUUGAUGUGUCAGGACCCAAAGUGGACAUUGAAGGCCCUGUUGUUAACAUUGAAGGACCAGAAGAAAAGUGGAAAAGUCCAAAGUUUAAAAUGCCUGAAAUGCAUUUUAAGACUCCAAAGAUACCCAUGCCAGAUAUUGAUCUUAAUCUAACAGGUCCAAAGAUGAAAGGAGAUGUGGAUAUCACAUGCCCCAAGGUAGAGGGAGAUUUUAAAGGACCUGAAGUUGACCUCAAAGGCCCCAAAGUGGACAUUGAUGUCCCUGAUGUGGAUGUUCAAGGCCCCGACUGGCACCUAAAGAUGCCCAAGAUGAAAAUGCCCAAGUUCAGCAUGCCUGGCUUCAGAGGAGAGGGCCCCGAAGUGGAUGUGAACCUGCCCAAGGCCGACAUUGAUGUGUCAGGACCCAAAGUGGACAUUGAAGGCCCUGUUGUUAACAUUGAAGGGCCAGAAGGAAAGUUGAAGGGUCCUAAGUUCAAGAUGCCUGAGAUGAACAUCAAAGCCCCCAAGAUCUCCAUGCCUGACUUUGAUUUGCACCUGAAAGGUCCUAAGGUGAAAGGAGAUGUGGAUGUUUCUGUGCCUGAAGUGGGAGGUGACCUCAAGGGCCCCGAAGUUGACGUCAAAGGCCCCAAAGUGGACAUUGAUGUCCCUGAUGUGGAUGUUCAAGGCCCAGACUGGCACCUGAAGAUGCCCAAGAUGAAAAUGCCCAAGAUCAGCAUGCCUGGCUUCAAAGCAGAGGGCCCAGAAGUGGAUGUGAAUCUGCCCAAAGCUGACAUUGAUGUGUCAGGACCCAAGGUGGACAUCGAAGGCCCUGAUGUUAAUAUUGAAGGACCAGAGGGAAAGUUGAAAGGUCCUAAGUUCAAGAUGCCAGAGAUGAACAUCAAAGCCCCCAAGAUCUCCAUGCCUGACAUUGAUUUUAAUCUGAAGGGCCCCAAAGUGAAGGGUGAUGUGGAUGUGUCCUUACCAAAAGUGGAAGGUGAGCUUAAAGUUCCUGAAGUUGACAUGAAAGGCCCCAAAGUGGACAUUGAUGCUCCAGAUGUGGACGUUCAUGGCCCAGACUGGCACCUGAAGAUGCCCAAGAUAAAAAUGCCCAAGAUCAGCAUGCCUGGCUUCAGAGGAGAGGGCCCAGAAGUGGAUGUGAACCUGCCCAAGGCUGACAUAGACGUCUCAGGACCCAAGGUGGACAUUGAUGCCCCAGAUGUGAAUAUUGAAGGUCCAGAUGCGAAACUGAAGGGUCCCAAGUUCAAGAUGCCAGAGAUGAAUAUCAAAACUCCUAAGAUAUCAAUGCCAGAUUUGGACCUUGAUCUUAAAGGCCCUAAAAUGAAAGGAGAGGUGGAUAUUUCACUUCCAAAUGUAGAAGGUGAUUUGAAAGGGCCUUCUCUUGACAUCAAAGGCCCGAAGAUAGAUGUAGAUGCACCAGAUAUUGAUAUUCAUGGCCCAGAAGGCAAAUUAAAAGGUCCAAAGCUGAAGAUGCCUGAUGUGCAUGUAAACAUGCCCAAGAUCUCCAUGCCAGAAAUUGACCUGAAUUUGAAAGGCUCAAAACUUAAGGGAGAUGUUGAUGUUUCUGGACCCAAAUUGGAAGGUGACAUUAAAGCUCCCAAGUUAGAUGUAAAGGGCCCAGAAGCGGACAUUUCUGGUCCUAAGCUCAAUGUUGAAGGCAAGUCAAAGAAAUCUCGUUUUAAGCUUCCCAAAUUUAAUUUUUCAGGCUCCAAAGUUCAGACACCCGAGGUAGAUGUCAAAGUCAAAAAGCCAGAUAUUGAUGUAACAGGUCCAAAAGUUGACCUUAAUGCUCCCGAUAUUGAGGUCCAAGGAAAAGUGAAAGGAUCCAAGUUCAAAAUGCCUUUCUUGAGUAUUUCGUCUCCUAAAGUGUCUAUGCCUGAUGUGGAGUUAAACCUGAAAGGUCCUAAAGUCAAAGGAGACUUAGAUGUUGCAGGUCCUAAUUUAGAAGGUGAUUUUAAAGGACCCAAAGUGGACAUUACGGCACCAGAAGUUCAUCUUGAUGCACCUGAUGUGGAUGUUCAUGGUCCAGACUGGAAUUUGAAAAUGCCCAAGAUGAAAAUGCCCAAGUUCAGUGUGCCCGGCUUAAAAGCAGAAGGGCCAGAUAUGGCUGUGGAUCUGCCAAAAGGAGACAUCAACGUAGAGGGUCCCAGAGUGGACAUUGAGGGCCCAGAAAUCAAUGUGGAAGGUCUAGAGGGAGGCUUAAAAGGUCCCAAAUUCAAGAUGCCUGAUAUGAAUAUCAAAGCUCCCAAGGUCUCCAUGCCUGAUGUGGACUUACACUUGAAAGGCCCCAAAGUCAAAGGGGAUGUGGAUGUGUCGGUGCCCAAGAUAGAAGGUGAAAUGAACGUGCCAGGUGUGGACAUCAGAGGGCCCAAAGUGGACGUUGAUGUCCCAGAUGUGGAUGUUCAAGGCCCUGACUGGCACCUGAAGAUGCCCAAGGUGAAAAUGCCCAAGUUCAGCAUGCCUGGCUUCAAAGGAGAGGGCCCCGAAGUGGAUGUGAACCUGCCCAAAGCUGACAUUGGUAUUUCUGGCCCCAAAGUGGACAUUGAUGCCCCAGAUGUGAAUAUUGAAGGUCCAGAUGCGAAACUGAAGGGCCCCAAAUUCAAGAUGCCAGAGAUGAAUAUCAAAGCUCCCAAAAUGUCCAUGCCUGACCUUGACUUUAACCUGAAGGGCCCCAAACUAAAGGGUGAUGUGGAUGUGUCUUUGCCAAAAGUGGAAGGUGACCUCAAGGCCCCUGAGGUGGACAUCAAGGGCCCCAAAGUGGACAUUGAAACUCCUGAUAUUAACAUUGAAGGCCCAGAGGGGAAAUUGAAGGGGCCCAAAUUCAAGAUGCCAGAGAUGCACCUGAAGGCGCCCAAGAUCUCCAUGCCUAACAUUGACUUAAACCUGAAGGGGCCCAAGGUGAAGGGUGAUAUAGAUGUUACCCUUCCCAAGACUGAAGGAGAUCUGAAAGGCCCUGAGAUCGACAUCAAAGGUCCCAAAGUGGAUAUUGAUGCUCCAGAUGUGGAUGUUCAAGGCCCUGAUUGGCACCUGAAGAUGCCCAAGAUAAAAAUGCCCAAGAUCAGCAUGCCCGGCUUCAAAGGAGAGGGGCCAGAAGUGGAUGUGAACCUACCCAAGACCAACAUUGACAUGUCAGGACCCAAGGUGGACAUUGAAGGCCCUGAUGUUGACAUUGAAGGCCCUGAUGUUAACAUUGAAGGACCUGAGGGAAAGUUGAAAGGUCCUAAGUUCAAGAUGCCAGAGAUGAACAUCAAAGCCCCCAAGAUCUCCAUGCCUGACUUUGAUUUGCACCUGAAAGGUCCUAAGGUGAAAGGAGAUGUGGAUGUUUCUGUGCCUAAGGUGGAAGGUGAACUAAACGCCCCUGACGUUGACCUCAAAGGCCCCAAAGUGGAUAUUGAUGUCCCAGAUGUGGACAUGCAUGGCCCAGACUGGCACCCGAAGAUGCCCAAGAUAAAAAUGCCCAAGUUCAGCAUGCCUGGCUUCAGAGGAGAGGGCCCAGAAGUGGAUGUGAACCUGCCCAAGGCUGACGUUGAUGUCUCAGGACCCAAGGUGGACGUUGAUAUUCCAGAUACGGAUAUUGAAGGUCCAGAUGUGAAACUGAAGGGCCCCAAGUUCAAGAUGCCUGAGAUGAACAUCAAAGCCCCCAAGAUCUCCAUGCCUGACUUUGAUUUGCACCUGAAAGGUCCUAAGGUGAAAGGAGAUGUGGAUGUUUCUGUGCCUAAGGUGGAAGGUGACCUAAAGGCCCCUGAAGUUGACAUCAGAGGUCCCAAAGUGGACAUUGAUGCUCCAGAUGUGGACGUUCAUGGCCCAGACUGGCACCUGAAGAUGCCCAAGAUAAAAAUGCCCAAGAUCAGCAUGCCCAGCUUCAAGGGAGAGGGGCCUGAAGUGGAUGUGAACCUGCCCAAGGCCGACAUUGAUGUCUCAGGACCCAAGGUGGACAUAGACACUCCUGACAUUGAUGUUCAUGGUCCAGAAGGGAAACUGAAGGGCCCCAAGUUUAAAAUGCCUGACCUGCACCUCAAGGCACCCAAGAUCUCCAUGCCUAACGUUGACCUGAAUCUGGAGGGCCCCAACGUAAAGGGUGAUGUGGGUGUUACUCUGCCCAAAGUUGAAGGUGACCUCAAGAGCCCUGAAGUUGACGUCAAAGGUCCCAAAGUGGACAUAGAUGUCCCAGAUGUGGAUGUGCAUGGCCCAGACUGGCACCUGAAGAUGCCUAAGGUGAAAAUGCCCAAGUUCAGCAUGCCUGGCUUCAAAGGAGAGGGCCCAGAAGUGGAUGUGAACCUGCCUAAAGCUGACAUUGAUGUCUCAGGACCCAAGGUGGACAUUGAUGUUCCAGACGUGAAUACAGAAGGUCCAGAUGCAAAACUGAAGGGCCCCAAGUUCAAGAUGCCAGAGGUGAACAUCAAAGCUCCUAAGAUCUCCAUGCCUGGCAUUGACUUAAACCUGAAAGGACCCAAAGUAAAGGGAGACGUGGAUGUUUCUCUGCCUAAGGUGGAAGGUGACCUCAAGGGCCCCGAAGUUGAUGUCAAGGGCCCCAGAGUGGACAUUGAUGUUCCAGAUGUGGACGUUCAUGGCCCAGACUGGCAUCUGAAGAUGCCUAAGGUGAAAAUGCCCAAGUUCAGCAUGCCUGGUUUCAAAGGAGAGGGCCCCGAAGUGGAUGUGAACCUGCCUAAGGCUGACAUUGACGUCUCAGGACCCAAGGUGGACGUUGAUGUUCCAGAUGUAAAUAUUGAAGGUCCAGAUGCAAAACUGAAGGGCUCUAAAUUCAAGAUGCCGGAGAUGAACAUAAAAGCCCCUAAAAUCUCCAUGCCUGACCUUGACUUUAACCUGAAGGGCCCCAAAAUGAAGGGUGAUGUUGAUAUCUCUCUGCCCAAAGUUGAGGGUGAUUUCAAGUCCCCUGAGGUGGACAUCAAGAGCCCCAAACUGGACACUGACACUCCUGAUAUCAGUAUUGAAGGUCCAGAUGGAAAACUGAAGGGGCCUAAAUUUAAGAUGCCAGAGAUGAACAUUAAAGCCCCCAAGAUCUCCAUGCCUGACUUUGACUUAAGUCUGAAAGGGCCAAAGGUAAAGGGGGAUGUGGACUUUUCACUGCCUAAGGUAGAAGGUGAUCUGCAAGGGCCAGAGGUGGACAUUGAAGGUCCUGAAGGGAAACUCAAAGGACCCAAAUUUAAGAUGCCUGAUGUCCAUUUUAAAACCCCACAAAUCUCCAUGAGUGACAUUGAUUUGAACUUGAAAGGACCUAAGAUAAAAGGAGAUUUGGACACUUCCAUCCCUAAACUGGAAGGAGAUCUGAAAGGCCCCAAAAUAGAUGUUAAAGGCCCUAAGCUGGACAUAGACACUCCUGAUUUUGACAUUAAUGGUCCAGAAGGGAAACUGAAGGGCCCCAAGUUUAAAAUGCCUGACCUGCAUCUCAAGGCGCCCAGGAUUGGUGUGCCUGGCUUCAAAGGAGAGGGCCCCGAAGUGGAUGUGACCCUGCCCAAGGCUGACAUUGACGUCUCAGGACCCAAGGUGGACAUUGAUGUUCCAGAUGUGGAUAUUGAAGGUCCAGAUGCGAAACUGAAGGGCCCCAAGUUCAAGAUGCCAGAGGUGAACAUCAAAGCCCCUAAGAUCCCCAUGCCUGGCAUUGACUUAAACCUGAAAGGACCCAAAGUAAAGGGAGAUGUGGAUGUUUCUCUGCCUAAGAUGGAAGGUGACCUCAAGGGCCCCGAAGUUGAUGUCAAGGGCCCCAGAGUGGACAUUGAUGUUCCAGAUGUGGACGUUCAUGGCCCAGACUGGCACCUGAAGAUGCCUAAGGUGAAAAUGCCCAAGUUCAGCAUGCCUGGCUUCAAAGGAGAGGGUCCAGAAGUGGAUGUGAACCUGCCUAAGGCUGACAUUGACGUUUCAGGACCCAAGGUGGACAUUGAUGUUCCAGAUGUGGAUAUUGAAGGUCCAGAUGCGAAACUGAAAGGCCCCAAGUUCAAGAUGCCGGAGAUGAACAUCAAAGCUCCCAAAAUCUCCGUGCCUGAUGUCGACCUGGAUUUGAAAGGAUCCACAGGCAAAGGAGAUUUCGAUGUGUCUGUCCCUAAGAUUGAAGGGACUUUCAAAGGCCCCAAAGUAGACCUUAAAGGUCCAGGUCUGGAUCUUGAAGGCCCUGAUGCCAAACUCAGUGGCCCACAUUUGAAGAUGCCCUCACUGGAUAUAUCUGCCCCUAAAGUAACUGCGCCUGAUACUGAUUUGCAUCUCAAGGCACCCAAAAUUGGAGUUUCUGGUCCCAAAUUAGAAGGCGGUGAACUGGACCUCAAGGGACCCAAAGUUGAUUUCGAAGCUCCAAGCUUAGAUGUACACGUGGAGAGCCCAGAUAUUAACACUGAGGGGCCAGAUGUGAAAAUUCCCAAAUUUAAGAAGCCCAAGUUUGGGUUUGGGGCCAAAAGCCCCAAACCUGACUUCAAAUCACCUUCCCUCGAUGUGACAGUUCCUGAGGCAGAGCUGAAUGUUGAGGCUCCUGAAAUUGGUGUUGGUGGCAAGGGCAAGAAGAGUAAGUUUAAAAUGCCUAAAAUUCACAUGAGUGGUCCUAAAAUUAAGGCCAAAAAACAAGGAUUUGAUGUGAAUGCUCCUGGGGGUGAGAUUGAUGCCAGCCUCAAGUCUCCUGAUGUAGAUGUCAACGUUGCAGGGCCGGAUGCCUCACUUAAAGUCGACGCGAAAUCUCCCAAGACCAAGAAACCUAUGUUUGGAAAAAUGUACUUUCCAGAUGUCGAAUUUGACAUUAAGUCACCUAAAUUUAAAGCUGAAGCUUCCCUCCCUGGCCCCAAAAUGGGGGGUGAAAUCCAGGCACCUGACCUGGAUGUUUCCUCACCAGAGACUAACGUGGAAGGUCCUGACAUCAAGCUGAAGGCUCCCAAGUUCAAGGUGCCAGGUGUGGAUGUCUCAGGGCCAAAAAUAGAGGGCGACUUGAAAGGCCCCAGGGUGCAGGUGAACUUGGAUGCAUCUGACAUCAACACUGAAGGCCCAGAUGCUAAAGUCAAAGCACCAUCAUUCAGCAUUUCUGCCCCUCAAGUCUCCAUCCCUGAUGUGAAUGUUAACUUGAAAGGACCAAAGAUAAAGGGUGAUGUCCCCAGUGUGGGACUGGAAGGACCAGACGUAGAUCUGCAAGGUCCAGAAUCGAAAAUUAAGUUCCCCAAGUUUUCGAUGCCCAAGAUCGGCGUCCCUGGUGUGAAGAUGGAGGGUGGGGGCGCUGAGGUCCAGCUGCCCUCUCUAGAAGGAGGCUUGAGCGCACCAGAUGUUAAGCUUGAAGGGCCCGAUGUGUCUCUGAAAGGGCCCAAAAUAGACUUGCCUUCAGUGAACCUCUCUGCGCCAAAAGUCUCUGGACCUGACCUUGACCUGAACUCGAAAGGACCAAGUUUGAAGGGAGGCCUGGAUGUAUCUGUUCCCAGCAUGAAGGUGCACGCUCCUGGGCUUGACCUCAGAGGUGUCGGUGGAAAGGUGAAGGUGGAAGGUGAUGGUAUGAAAGUGCCUGGAACUGAUGCCACAGCAAUGCUUGAUGUCGGUGCGCCAGAUGUGACCCUGAAGGGACCGAGCCUGCAGGGAGACCUGGCUGUCUCUGGUGACAUCAAGUGUCCUGAAGUAUCAGUAGGUGCUCCUGACCUAAGCUUGGAGGCACCUGAAGGUGGUGUCAAACUUCCUAAGAUGAAGCUGCCCCAGUUUGGCAUCUCCGCUCCAGGGUCCGACUUGGACAUCGGCGUCAAGGGGCCACAAGUCGCUGGAGAACUAAAGGGGCCCGGCAUAGAUUUGAACCUCAGAGGCCCGAACCUGAAAGGGCCUCAGAUCUCUGGCCCUCAAAUCUCAGCACCAGAUGUGGACUUGAACUUGGAAGGACCAAAAGCAAAAGGCAGCCUCGGGGCCAGUGGUGACAUGAAAGGCCCCACAGUUGGAGGAGGUCUUCCGGGCAUCAGUGUUCAAGGCCUAGAAGGAAACCUCCAGACGCCUGGAAUUAAGUCAUCCAGAUGUGAGGUGGAGCUGCCAGGUGUGAAUGUGAAACUCCCAACCGGGCAUAUUUCUGGUCCUGAAAUCAAAGGUGAUCUGAAAGGUUCAGGAAUAGGUUUCCACGGGGCCCUUCCUGACAUUGGCAUGAAAGGGCCUUCCUUUAACGUGGCAUCUCCUGAGUCAGAUUUUGGUGUCAGCUUGAAAGGCCCGAAAAUCAAAGGAGGCAUGGAUGUUUCAGGGGGUGUCAGUGCCCCAGAUAUCAGCCUGGGUGAGGGGCAUGUGAGCGUCAAAGGUUCCGGCGGGGAGUGGAAAGGACCCCAGGUCUCCUCUGCUCUCAACCUGGAUGCACCUAAGUUUGCCGGAGGACUUCAUUUCUCAGGACCAAAGAUAGAAGGUGUCAAAGGAGACCCGAUUGGACUUCAGGGUCCUGGGCUGAGCGUGUCUGGGCCUCAAGAUCACUUGGAAAGCGGAUCUGGAAAAGUAACAUUCCCCAAGAUGAAGAUCCCCAAGUUCACCUUCUCUGGCCGUGAGCUGGUUGGCAGAGAAGUAGGGGUGGAUAUUAACUUCCCUAAAGCGGAGGCCAGUGUCCAGUCUGGUGCCGGAGAGGCCGAGUGGGAAGAGUCUGAUGUAAAACUUAAAAAGUCCAAAAUCAAAAUGCCCAAGUUCAACUUUUCCAAACCUAAAGGGAAACCUGGUGUCACCGGCUCACCGGAAGCGUCCAUUCCAGGGUCCAAAGGUGACCUGAAGAGCUCCAAGGCCAGCCUAGGCUCUCUGGAAGGAGAGGCAGAAGUCGAAACGUCUUCGCCCAAAGGCAAAUUCUCCUUAUUCAAAAGCAAGAAGGCACAGCACCGCUCAAAUUCCUUCAGUGAAGAAAGGGAGCAUUCUGCAUCUUCUACCCCUCCGGGAACUUUGGAGUUUGAAGGUGGGGAAGUGUUGCUGGAAGGCGGGAAAGUCAAAGGGAAACAUGGGAAGCUGAAAUUUGGUACCUUUGGUGGAUUGGGGUCAAAGAGCAAAGGUCAUUAUGAGGUGACUGGGAGUGAUGAUGAGGCAGGCAAGUUACAGGGGAGUGGAGUGUCCUUGGCCUCUAAGAAGUCCCAACUGAUAUCUUCUAGCAGUGACAGUGGGACUAAAGUUGGCAUCCAGCUUCCCGAGGUGGAGCUGACAGUUUCCACAAAGAAAGAGUAGCAGGCCUCUGUGUGUGUGUACAUAUAUGUAUAAAAAUACAUCAGCCUUGGGUGAGUUUGUAUAUAAACUCCAAAGAGAAACACGCCGACAGCCUCAGCAGUAACGCAAACACCUGGCCUCUGGCAGGGGCGAGCGCUGAAAAGACCAGCGCCUUUAGGCUCCUCCUGGAGCUUUACAGAUAGGUCAAGAGUUCUAAGUUCUUCGUCCAGCCCGUGUGCAAAGUCGACAGUAUUUGCCUUAAGAUUUCAGGUUUUUGUUUUUGCAUUGAACGCUGAGAGCUCCUGUUUACUAAGCAAGCUUUUGUGUUUAUUAUCCUCAUUUUUACUGAACAUUGUUAGCGUUGGGGUCAUGGAAACCCACUUUUUCAUUGUAAUGACUUUUGGGGCUUCUGUUAGUCAGGGUGGGGGGUGGAGAAGGCAGUAGAGGGGGGCCAGACCUUCAUUUCUCCUGCCGUCCGGAUCUACUCAAACAGGAAACAUCCCAAGAUGGCUGAGAGGAGCCGCCAGGCAGGGCGUGUGGGUGUUUCUAGAACUCUUUAGCGUUGCUUUUUCUUCCCCAGGGGUGGCGGUCCCAGCCCGUUUGGUGCUCGCGAUGAGAGGGAAUUUAGAGUCUGUUUGCAAAUUAGCCAACCCACCGACUCGACACGAGGGCCUUCCAUUCUGUGUGUUGUAAGAGAAAUGUUUUCUUUGUGAUCGCCACGUUCCUGAUAUUAAUUCUGAUUUCUUUUAACAAAUGUUAUCGUGAUUAAGGAAAUUUCCAGCACUUUAAUGGCAAAUUAAUUGAGAAUGUAAGAAAAUUGAUGCUGUCAAGGGCAAAUAAAGCUGUUUAUUAACCCGGA